GAUCCUGCUGUUGUCGCGCACGGACGCAGAGGAGAAAUCAGCGUCACACCGACGAGGUCUGUGAAACGCGUUAUUAUCGCACCGUCUCAACAGCCUGCCGUCACUGCAGACACACGCGUAACAGUACAACAGCACAACAGACACAUCAACACUUAGAAGAAUGUCUGGGAUCUUGGGGAGUUUAGACUGCGAGGAGUGUUUGUCUUCUGCACAUGUGGCCAACAGCACGGAGUUACAUCUGCAUCCCACUGUGGAUGAGGACGACGAACUUCUGAGAUACAUCUGGAGAGAGUACUUACAUCCCAAGCAGUAUGAAUGGGUUCUCAUUGUGGCUUACAUCAUUGUGUUCUUCGUUUCACUCAUUGGGAACUCGCUUGUUUGUUUUGCAGUGUGGAAAAACCGUCACAUGCGCACCGUGACCAACUAUUUCAUAGUGAAUCUCUCCUUUGCUGAUGUGUUGGUUACCAUCAUCUGCCUUCCUGCGAGUCUUGUGGUAGACAUCACAGAGACGUGGUUCUUCGGGCAAACUCUUUGCAAAAUUGUGCCUUAUUUGCAGACCAUCUCUGUUUCUGUAUCAGUCUUAACACUGAGUUGCAUUGCUCAAGACCGCUGGUAUGCUAUCUGCCACCCACUGUUGUUCAAGAGCACAGCCAAGAGGGCCCGCAAGAGUAUUGUUGUCAUCUGGGUUGUGUCAUGCAUCAUCAUGAUUCCUCAGGCUAUUGUGAUGGAGUGCAGCAGCUUGUUGCCUGAACUAACAAACAAGACCAGCCUGUUCACAGUGUGUGAUGAACAUUGGGGAGUUGAGAUCUACCCAAAAGUGUAUCACACCUGUUUCUUCAUCGUCACUUAUUUUGCACCAUUAUGUCUUAUGGUCCUGGCGUAUAUCCAGAUAUGUCACAAGCUGUGGUUUCAACAGAUUCCUGGGAGCACAUCAGUGUUGCAGAGGAAGUGGAGGUCCAUGCAGUGCUCAGCUCCAACUCCAGGGCUGGGAGAGCCUGUGAGGGUCAGGACCAGCACGGUUUGUGCAGAGAUCAAACAGGUCCGAGCCAGGCGCAAGACAGCUCGUAUGCUCAUGGUAGUCCUCUUUGUUUUUGCCCUGUGUUACCUGCCGAUCAGCGUGCUCAAUGUCAUGAAAAGAGUCUUUGGAACUUUCAAGAACACAAAUGACAGAGAGACAGUGUAUGCAUGGUUCACUUUCUCACACUGGCUCAUAUAUGCCAACAGUGCAGCAAAUCCUAUCAUCUACAAUUUCCUCAGCGGGAAGUUUCGCGAGGAGUUCAAAGCAGCCUUUUCUUGCCAUUGUUAUGGCCAAAGACAGAACCAAACAACAAGGAUAAGGACAAGGACGAGCACAGAUAGCCGAAAAUCCCUGUCAACUCAAGUUACCAACAUGGACAAUGUGUCACGAAUAUCAGAUCAGGUUGUGUAGUCUCAUUACCCAGGAGGCGAAUUCUAAUGACCACUUCAAUCUUCAAAGGAUACGCUCAUCAUUAAGGUAAACACUCUCAAGUUUGAACCUCUUUUAUAAAAAGAGGCCUUUGAAUGGAAAAGAAUGUCUCAAAAUGUUUGUUGUAUGUUUCAUUAGUUUCACAUAGACACUUUAUGGAAAUUAAGAGCUUUAGAAAUCUGAAGACCUUCUUAUUGACAGAAUUACAACCAUCUUUAGUUUACUGAAACUCUAUUUGUUAUUUACCAUCACAAGACACCAUUUGAAUGUUUAGUAUUAACUCAUACCAUAUGUAUUUUAUGAUAUAUGGUUAAGUGAAAUGGUUUUAAUUGUACAUAUGUAUUGUAUUGUAAAUGUACUAUUUUGACUGUAUAAAUGUUGGGGGGUCAGGCAGACCAUUGUUGAUUAUAUUACCAUUGACAGGAAAUGUUUAUUGCUAUUUGUUAAUUUAUUUGUUUGGACAACAUAAAAGCAGGUGCUACGUCUUACAACUACUUUGAUUUGUAGUUUGACAACAAAAUCUAAAUUUUCAAUGUAAAUGUCCAUGAACGUAUGAUUAUGUGCAAUAAAUGUAAAUAAUGUUGGGUCAAACCUCAUGAACAUCCAGCAAACUAGUGAAUAUUCAACGUGAUUCCUGCAUGGAUGUAUGCUAGUAGACCUCCCUCUGGCAACUCUUUAUUUCAUGCAACACACACUGAGUUUGUAUUUAAUUUUGGAUGUACUGAAUGUCAGCAAGGUGAUGUUUAUAUUACAGAUGCACACUUGGCCACUGUGUAUAGCAGCAAAGCAAAAUUAAAUUUUAAACAUCAUGAAU